ACGAGUGGUAUCUCGUCACAGGAACACCGGGAGUUUGUCCAUUCAUUCUUUUUCCGGAGCGGAAGAGCAGCCCGCGGGUGGUGUGGGGCUGAGCCCAGGCCUCGGCGCCGACAGUCGGGGGAGGGAUCCGGGACCGAGCCCCGACUCUGAACCGGACUUUACCGGUUGGAACUAGCUGGCUCGGCGCGAAUAACUGACGUUACAUAUACGGUUUGUUGAUCAACGGAACCAGCGCGUGGCUCAGAACUUCACUGUCAGUUACAGGGACAGACUAGCCUGCUAACUCGGAGGCUAACUGACCUCCCAUUCAGACAUGAUGAGCAGUUAGCUAGCUGAAUUAGCAUCUCGGGCUAAAUGAAUAACAAUGGGCAGAUUAGCUAGCGACACUUCAGGGAGCUUUGCAGGAAACUGACAUGUAGCCGCGAGUUUUUUUUAAUGGAUUUUAGGAUUAGACGGUAGUUAGAUAACUUUGCAGUAGCUCUGUGUGUGUGUGUGUGUGUGUGUGAGUAGUGUUGGUAGGUCGUUAGCUAGAUUAAGUUAGACAGCAGUAUUUAUCCAGAGUGCCGCGCGCGCUCCCGUACCCUGUCCGAAUGAGAGCGCGCGCUGUCGCAGUCACACGCCGGAGACACGCGCCGUCCCUCAUGCUGUUCGGUCGAGCGCACUAAACACUGACUGUCUGUUCCGAGUGUACCCGGUCCCUGAGCUCCGUCUCGCUGGGUGUGUAGAGGCGCCGCUGAUGUGCGGAGUGCGCGCGGUGUGAAUUACACAGGACUUGGUUCUGGGGCUCGGCACUGAGCGCGGUGCAUCAUGGGGAAUACGGUGUCUUGCUGUGUGUCUCCCAGCGGAAGUCCCAAACUCCCGCGGCCCACCGAGCGCCUCGAGGACUACCAGAUUAACGCGGACCUGAGUGAAGACACCGGGCCGUACUUGCAGCACAUCAGCGACCGGGAACUGCCCGAUGAUCUUGCUUUAGAGUCUAAUCCUUCAGACCACGCUCGUGCUAGCACCAUCUUCCUCAGCAAGUCACAAACAGAUGUCCGAGACAAGAGGAAAAGCAAUCAUAUAAACCAUGUAUCUCCAGGUCCUCUUUCCAAAAAAUACAGCUCCUGCUCGACGAUAUUCAUCGACGAUAGUACAGUCAGCCAACCCAACCUGAAAAGCACAAUAAAAUGUGUUACUCUAGCAAUAUAUUACCACAUCAAAAACAGGGACUCGGACAGAUCACUGGACAUAUUUGACGAGAAGAAGCAUCCUCUGUCUAGGGAGCAAGUUCCUGACGACUACUCGCGCACGGACCCCGAACACAAGCUCAUCUACCGGUUCGUCAGGACGCUGUUCAGUGCUGCUCAGCUCACCGCCGAGUGUGCCAUCGUCACACUGGUGUAUUUGGAGCGGCUCCUGACCUACGCUGAGAUGGACAUCUGCCCGAGUAACUGGAAGAGAAUCGUUCUGGGCGCCAUCUUAUUGGCCUCCAAAGUCUGGGACGAUCAGGCCGUGUGGAACGUUGACUACUGCCAGAUCCUCAAGGACAUCACUGUUGAAGACAUGAAUGAAAUGGAGAGGCACUUCCUGGAGCUUCUGCAGUUCAACAUCAACGUUCCAGCUAGCGUCUACGCCAAGUAUUACUUUGAUCUGCGCUCGCUGGCAGACGACAACAACCUGAGUUUCCCCCUGGAGCCUCUGAGCAACGAGCGUGCUCAGAAACUAGAGGCGAUCUCCAGACUUUGCGAGGAUAAGUACAAAGACUUCUUGAGCAGAGCGGCCAUGAGGAGAUCCUUCAGCGCCGACAACCUGGUGGGCAUCCGCAGAUCCAACGCAGUGCUCUCCUAGAGCUCUGUCAGUCAAGACCACGAGCAUCUUCAAACCGUCUCCUUCCUGUACUCCGGUAGAGAUCUCUCACCGGCGCUCGCUCUGCCCUGCAACAACCAAUGACCUGUCUACAUAGAAACAAAAACUGACUUUUCCUCUUUUUUUCUUUCUUUUUGUUUUUCUUUUUGCUUACUAUGUAGGCUACUAGCUGUGAACUUUGUCAGUUUUUAAUUGAAAUCAAUUGCAGAUGGAGUAUUUUAAAUAAACACUAAUCAUGUAAAAAUGUU